CCUCUCCUUCUCUCUCUCUCUCUCUCUCUCUCUCUCUCUCUCUCUCACUCUGCAUCUAUGUGAGAGAACUCAACCAUGGGCUGUAUUCAGUCCAAGACCACUCAUCAUCCCUCACCAGACCAAGAACCCUCUCAAGCUGACCCCAAACCAGAUCCAGCAAAUAUAGAGCAAGUGGACCAGGACCAAGUUCCUGCAUUCAAAGAGUUUCCGCUCACGGACCUCCGAGCCGCCACAAAUGGGUUUAGCAGUGAAUUGAUAGUCUCAGAAUGCGGAGAGAAGGCCCCCAACGUUGUUUACAGAGGGAAGCUCCGGAACAACCGAUACGUUGCCAUUAAACGUUUCUCCAAACAAUCUUGGCCUGAUCCACAACAAUUUGUGACAGAAGCAUCUGGGGUUGGCAAGGUCCGGCAUAAGAGGUUGGUGAAUUUAAUUGGGUGUUGUGCUGAAGGGGAUGAGCGCCUAUUGGUGGCAGAGUACAUGCCAAAUGAUACUCUAUCCAAGCAUCUGUUUCACUGGGAGAAGCAGCCAUUGCCUUGGGAGAUGCGGGUUAGAGUUGCUUACUAUAUUGCACAGGCACUUGACCACUGCAAUACUGAAAACCGGAAGAUCUAUCAUGAUUUGAAUGCAUACAGAGUUCUCUUUGAUGAGGAUGGUGACCCUCGGUUAUCAAGUUUUGGCCUUAUGAAGAACAGCCGGGAUGGAAAAAGCUACAGUACCAAUUUAGCUUACACUCCACCAGAAUUUCUACGUACAGGAAGGGUCAUCCCCGAGAGUGUGAUUUAUAGUUAUGGGACUGUGUUGCUGGAUCUUUUGAGUGGCAAGCAUAUCCCUCCAAGCCAUGCUCUGGAUUUGAUAAGGGGUAAAAAUUCUUUAUUGCUAAUGGAUUCAUCCUUGGAAGGACAAUAUGUUAAUGAAGAUGCAUCUGAAUUGGUUGAGCUAGCCUCAAAAUGUCUGCAGUAUGAGGCCAGAGAAAGGCCUGACAUCAAGUUCCUCCUGUCAUCGGUUGCGCCUCUCCAGAAGGAGAAAGAGGUGGCUUCGCAUGUUCUUAUGGGUAUAACUAAAACUCCUGUAGUGCUUCCAACUAUGCUAUCGCCGCUUGGAAAGGCAUGCGCUAGGAUGGACCUUACAGCUGUACACGACAUACUGCUCAAGACUGGUUAUAAGGAUGAAGAAGGUGCAGAAAAUGAGCUUUCGUUCCAAGAAUGGACGCAGCAAGUACAAGACAUGUUGAACACAAAGAAGUUUGGAGAUAUUGCUUUUAGGGACAAAGAUUUCAAGAAUGCGAUUGAUUACUACUCAAAGUUGGUGUCAAUGAUGUCGGUCCCUUCUGGUACUGUUUUCGUGAGGCGAGCACUCUCGUACUUGAUGAUUGGCCAACCGGAGCUUGCUCUGAGAGAUGCGAUGCAGGCUCAGGUGUGCUUGCCUGAGUGGCCCACCGCCUUCUAUAUGCAGGCUUUCGCCCUCUCGAAGCUCGAGAUGGAAACCGAUGCACAGGACAUGCUCAAUGACGGCGCUUCCUUUGAGGUGAAGAAGCAGAACAGCUGGCGCGGUUGAUUAAAUCCCGACGUGCCAAGCCAUUUCUCUCUGCUUCAACUUGUGCUAUACAGCGAGGGGGUCGGAAACGGAGAUUGCUCCGGAAAGACAUUCUAGGGGUUUGUUUUUCACUUUGUCGCCUCCAGUUUCCUUCUCUCCUGGAUAUAGUAGUUUCACUGAGAAUGAGGUGCGAGAUGAUAGUAAAGAGUUGAGUAGCCAGGUUUCUAGUUAGGGGGCGGCUUAACGCCGUAUCGUGCCGGGCAAUUGGGUAUGAAUUACGUUCGAUUUGCUGUGUGUUGUGAGUUGAAUCUCCACCAGCCACAUAUCGGUCUGUUUUGGCUUCUCGGCCUUCAUUUCAUGGAUCGUCCAAUUAUUAUGCAGGAUGAUCUUCACUACAGUUUAAUGAAUGUUUCGGUCCUCGUAA